UAACUCGUCGCUUCGCGUCGCGUCGUUGCUCGCUCGGCCGCUCGCUUCGUGCGCUCGGAUAUGUCAUUUGUCAAUCACAGUGCGAGCGCAACGGUUGUCGUUGUCCGAGCUGCAUGAAGAGAACAAGCGUUAAUCAAUUUGACAAAAAAAAAAAGAAAUAGAAAUAGAAAAAUAAAAACGCCGCUAUUGAAAUUGAAUUAGAAAUUCAAGAGAAUUUAUUGAGCGACAAAUAAAACAUAGUUCGGUGAUAAAAAGUGAUUUGUUUAUUGUCGGUGCAUAGUAAACUAACUUAACUAAACCGUUAAAUGCUUCAGCCACAGUCGAUCAAUCAUUCAGUUGGGCAACUGCGACUGCUGUGAGCUGUCCUUAAAAUAAUUGAAAGCAAAAAGUGAAGUGCUAAAUAACCAAAAGAAGCAUUUAAUAAAUCAAAACACACACAGCAUGGAUAACCAAGCACUUUGGUCCUGCGCCAGUGCCACCUGCUUGUCACUGGAUGCCAAACGCCAUCAAGUCACAGUGGACACAGUGGACACAGGCAGUAACAAAUCAGCAACAGCUUCAACUGCAACAGAUGCCGUGUCCUGUCGAAAGCUAAGGCAUAUUGCGCAUACGCCGCGUGGCAGCUGCUUUAUGGCGCUGCUGUUGCUGCUGCUGCUUGCCUUGAACUUUAGGCAUGCGCAUAGCUGCGGACCGGGACGAGGACUGGGACGUCGCCGGGAGCGCAAUCUGUAUCCGCUGGUGCUGAAGCAGACAGUGCCAAAUCUAUCCGAAUACCAGAACGGCGCCUCGGGCCCACUCGAGGGUGUCAUUCAGCGGGAUUCGCCCAAGUUUAAGGAUCUAGUGCCAAACUACAAUAGGGAUAUACUAUUUAGAGACGAGGAAGGCACCGGCGCCGAUCGUCUAAUGUCCAAGCGCUGUAAGGAGAAACUAAACAUGUUGGCCUACUCCGUGAUGAACGAGUGGCCUGGAGUACGUCUGCUGGUUACCGAAAGCUGGGACGAGGAUCAUCAGCAUGGCCAGGAGUCGCUGCAUUACGAGGGACGCGCUGUGACCAUUGCCACCUCGGAUCGCGAUCAGUCGAAAUAUGGCAUAUUGGCUCGUCUGGCUGUCGAGGCUGGAUUCGAUUGGGUGUCCUACGUUAGUCGCCGGCAUAUCUACUGCUCCGUCAAAUCAGAUUCCUCGCCUUCGAUUUCGCAUGUGCACGGUUGCUUUACGCCGGAGAGCACUGCGCUGCUGGAGAACGGCGUAAAGAAGCCGCUGGGUGAAAUUGCCAUUGGUGAUCGUGUGCUGAGCAUGAAUGCCAAUGGCCAGGCUGUCUACAGUGAGGUGAUACUCUUCAUGGAUCGCAAUCUGGAGCAGAUGGAAACCUUUGUGCAGCUGCACACGGACGGAGGAGCCGUGUUGACGGUGACGCCUGCACAUUUGAUCACAGUGUGGCAGCCGGAGCAGCAGAAGCUCGACUAUGUCUUUGCGGAUCGCGUGGAGGAGCUGAACCAAGUGCUCGUGAUGCAUGAAGGUGAACUGCGUCCCCAGCGUGUGCUCCGGGUGAGCAGUGUGCGCAGUCGCGGCGUUGUGGCGCCCCUGACACGGGAAGGCACCAUUGUGGUGAACUCCGUGGCCGCCUCCUGCUACGCCGUGAUCAGCAGCCAAUCCCUGGCGCACUGGGGCCUAGCGCCUAUGCGACUCUGGUAUACCCUGCAAUGCUGGAUGCCCGGCAAGAAUCAGCUGCGUUCCUCCGCACAGGACAAAGCAACGCCAAAGGAUAAUACGGUGCAGCCACAGAACGGUAUACAUUGGUAUGCCAAGGCCCUGUACAAGGUGAAGGAUUACGUUUUGCCUCAGAGCUGGCGUCACGAAUAGCAAGGAGUUUUGACAGACAGACACCCUAUACAAUAUGUAUUUUAGUUCCAUGUGCCGACGUAGACGUCAAUUUCAUUUGGCCUCCGCUAAUUGUAAUAUAUAUUCUGUAGUUAUGUAUAUUUAAAUAAUAAUAUUAAUAUAUGCCUAAUAAUUAUUGUAUUUCAAUGUUAAUUAUGAUUAAUGCUGAUCAAUACUAUUUAUUUAACCACGAACGAACGAGAGAAAUUUUCUUUGAAAUCUAUUUGUAACGAAAACAUUUAGCUUUAAGUAGGCAAUCCCAAUCCUAAAAGCCACAAAAACCAAUUUUUGAAGUAAAUACCAUCACGACUGUUGUAUAUUUUAAAA